AUGCUGUUGCCCAGGCGAGGAGGCCCGGGAGUCCGGCGUCUGCUGCUGUCGCUUCUGCUCCUCACAGCCUGGGAGGCGGGCAGCGGCCAGCUCCACUACUCGGUCCCCGAGGAGGCCAAACACGGCACCUUCGUGGGCCGCAUCGCCCAGGACCUGGGGCUGGAGCUGGCAGAGCUGGUGCCGCGCCUGUUCCGGGUGGCGUCCAAAGGCCGCGGGGACCUUCUGAAGGUAAAUCUGCAGAAUGGCAUUUUGUUUGUGAAUUCUCGGAUCGACCGCGAGGAGCUGUGCGGGCGGAGCCUGGAGUGCAGCAUCCACCUGGAGGUGGUCGUGGACAGGCCGCUGCAGGUUUUCCAUGUGGAGGUGGAGGUGAAGGACAUUAAUGACAAUCCACCGGUUUUCAGAUGGAGAGAACAAAGGUUGUUUAUUCCUGAAUCUAGACUGCUGGGUUCUUGCUUCCCUAUUGAGGGCGCUGCUGAUGGGGACAUUGGUCCCAACGCUCUUCUAACAUACACCCUCAGCCCCAAUGAUUAUUUCUCUUUGGAUGUACAGGCAAAUGAUGAACUGAGUAAGUCACUUUCUCUUGAACUGAGGAAAUCUUUGGAUAGAGAAACAACACCAGAACUUCAUUUGUUAUUGACAGCCACUGACGGUGGCAAACCAGAGCUGGAAGAUACAGUUCAGCUGCUGAUCACGGUGCUGGACGUUAAUGAUAAUGCCCCGUCGUUUAGCCAGUCCGUGUACAGAGCAUAUUUGUUAGAGACCACGGCAAAUGGAACAUUAGUGACAACGUUAAACGUCUCUGACGCUGAUGACGGUGUAAAUGGCGAAAUUGUCUUUUCCUUUGGCGAUGAUAUUCCCUUUAACAUUCAGAAAAACUUCAAAAUUGAUCCCAGCUCAGGACAAAUUAGGCUAAUUGGCAAACUGGAUUAUGAAGAAACAAAAUCCUAUGAAAUCCAGAUAAAAGCAACUGAUAAAGGAAGUCCUCCCAUGUCAAAUCAUUGCAAGGUUUUAGUGAAAGUGCUAGAUGUAAAUGACAAUGCUCCGGAACUGUCAGUCACAUCGUUGUCCUUGCCUGUUAGAGAGGACGCUCCACUCAGCACCAUCAUCGCCUUCAUCUCCGUGUCCGACCGUGACUCCGGUGCCAACGCGCAGGUGAUCUGCACCCUGUCGCCCCAAGUCCCCUUCAAGCUGGUGUCCACCUUCAAGAAUUACUACUCGCUGGUGCUGGACAGCGCCCUGGACCGCGAGAGCGUGGCGACCUACGAGCUGCUGGUGACAGCGCGGGACGGGGGCUCGCCUCCGCUGUCGGCCACCGCCAGCGUGUCCGUGCAGGUGGCCGACGUGAACGACAACGCGCCGGCGUUCGCGCAGCCCGAGUACACGGUGUUCGUGAGGGAGAACAACCCGCCGGGCCGCCACAUCUUCACGGUGUCGGCGCGCGACGCGGACGCGCAGGAGAACGCGCGGGUGUCCUACUCGCUGGUGGAGCGGCGCGUGGGAGAGCGCGCGCUGUCGAGCUACGUGUCGGUGCACGCGGAGAGCGGCAGGGUGUACGCGCUGCAGCCGCUGGACCACGAGGAGCUGGAGCUGCUGCAGGUCCAGGUGAGCGCGCGCGACGCGGGCGUGCCGCCUCUGGGCAGCAACGUGACGCUGCAGGUGUUCGUGCUGGACGAGAACGACAACGCGCCCGCGCUGCUGCCGCCUGGGGCGGGCGGCGGGGGCGGCGCGACGAGCCAGCUGGUGUCGCGGUCUGUGGGCGCGGGCCACGUGGUGGCCAAGGUGCGCGCGGUGGACGCGGACUCGGGCUACAACGCGUGGCUGUCGUUCGAGCUGCAGGCGGCGGCGGGGGCCGCGCGCAGCCCGUUCCGCGUGGGGCUGUACACGGGCGAGGUGAGCACGACGCGCGCGCUGGACGAGGCGGACGCGCCGCGCCAGCGCCUGCUGGUGCUGGUGAAGGACCACGGCGAGCCGGCGCUGACGGCCACGGCCACCGUGCUGCUGUCGCUGGUGGAGGGCGGCCAGGCGCUCAGGGCGUCGUCGCGGGCGUCGGCGGGCGCCCGGAGCACGGAGGCGGCGCUGGUGGACGUCAACGCGUACCUGGUCAUCGGCAUCUGCGCGGUGUCCAGCCUGCUGGUGCUCACGCUGCUGCUGUACACGGCGCUGCGGUGCUCGGCGCCGCGCCGCGAGGGCGCGUGCGGGCCAGGGCGGCCCCCGCUGGUGUGCUCCAGCGCGGUGGGGAGCUGGUCGUGCUCGCAGCAGAGGCGGCAGCGGGUGUGCUCUGGGGAGGGGCCGCCCAAGGCCGACCUCAUGGCCUUCAGCCCCAGCCUACCUCUGGGUUCGAACACUUCAGAAGGAAACGAACAUCCAGAAAGAAAUUCAGAUCUUUGUGAUAAUGUAAGUUCACCUUUCUAG